UUCUUCUCACAGGGGUUCGACUUUUCUUAACGUUGUUGCUCUUGGAAAUGUCGGACAUCCUGUUUAAUGAACCCCAUCUACAAAGGAUGGCCAAUGAUGAGCAUCUUCGCAAGGCCUUCUCCUACUUUGAUAGGGAUGGUAAUGGCUAUAUUGAGCGAGAUGAGCUUCGGGAUGCCUUGAUGGAAGAUGGAGCAGAUGAUUGUACAGAUGUAGCAAAUGACAUCUUCCAAGAAGUGGACACGAACAAAGAUGGGCGAAUUAGUUAUGAUGAAUUUGUGGCUAUGAUGAAAACUGGAACAAAUUGGAGAAAGGCUUCUAGGCAUUAUUCAAUAGGGAGAUUCAACAGUCUAAGCAUUAAGCUGAUAAAGGAUGGUUCUCUAAACUUGGGGAAUGAGUAA